GUCUCUGGGCGCUGAGGCGGGGAAGGGGAGUCGGCGCCCGCUCGCGACUGGACGGGCGGCCUCUGCGCAGCGGCCUGAGCCCGCGGGGAGACAGCACUCGUCCCACACUGUCUUCUGCCCCCGGCUCAGCAACAUGACAGAUGGCUGGGUGGAUUGCCCCUCACUGGGGCCUGGCUGGCGCCGCCGUGAAGUCAUACGCAAAGCUACAGCUGCGACAAAACCAAGACAGUCGGACACCUAUUACAUAAGCCCAAGAGGAGAGAAGAUCCGCAGCCGAGUAGAGCUGAUGAGAUUGAUGGGGUGUUCAAGGGACCUGACCGACUUUGAUUUCAAGAAAGGGGUUUUCAUUGAGCCAAGUAUUGAGCCCACUUCACCUUUUCCACCCACUGGAGAAAGCCAUCAGAAGGUCAAAAAGAGUAGCAAGAAACGCCUCCUGCCUCUGGAAGAAGCCACUCCUCCACUCAAGAAGCCUCCUGACCUGCAGAAUUCUGAAAAACCUCUGGACCAGAAACCUCCGAAGCUAGAGCCGGAGUUGCCGAUAGAGACCCCUGCUAGUAUUCCAGCCCAGGAGCCAGAGCCUGUGGCUCCCGUAGAAGAGAUAACCCCCAAGCCCCACAAACGACGGUAUCGGAAACAUCCUCCCCCCAUCCUUGCUGCAGGCAAAAUGGGAGAGGCGACGAUGCAAGAAACCGUCUCAGAGGAAACUCUUGCUUGCUGUGCAGUCUGUCAAGGCCAGUUCCCAGGAGUGAUGCUUCCAUCCCAGAGAAGAUGCCGGUGGCUCUGCCCAGACUGCAGAGCUCAGAGAAGAGACUUCAACCGGGAACAGAGAUACUACAAGCGAGUUGGCUGUGGGGUGUGCCAUGCCUGCCAGAUUUCUCAGGACUGCGGCAUCUGUAGUGUGUGUGUCGUGCGAGCCAAGAGCCCCGAGCUCCGCAUUGGCAUCAAAUGCCUGCUGCGACGAUGCCUGAAGAUUGUCAAAAAGGGUCUCGAAUGUGGCAUGUGUCAGGCCUGCAAAUUAACUGAAGACUGUGGGAGCUGUCGGAUCUGUAUACGGAGGCAGAAUCCAGGCAUGAAGCGUCAGUGGAAAUGUGUGAAGCGCCGCUGUCUCAGACGGAAGAAAAAAAUCUCACCUAAGAAGGAAGGCUUCGGCUCCAAGAAGCUCACAGAGGAAGCCUCUCCUCCAAAAGAUACCAUCGCCCAAGCACGACGCAGGCAGAAGCGGCCAGCAUCAUCAACAGACGGGCCUCCUCCCAAGGCCCAACGGGCCCCCAGGCGCCGCCGCAAGAGGCUGUCAGCAGCACCACAGGUGGCCACAGAUGGGCCCCCUCCCAAGGCUCAGCUGGCCACUGGCUGCCGCCGUCGGAGGCACUCUGCUACCACAAAAUGGAAGCUCACCAUGGAACGGGAUCCUGGAGUCAUCCCCACAAUAUGGCACAGGAAGAAUCAGUUGGGGACAGUGAAAGAGCGGAAGAAGGCUGGCCGUCCACCCAAGCACCCCAUAGCCAAGAUCAAGAACAGUGCGCACACCUCUGCAAGCCGCCAGAACCGAAAGUGUGGUGAGUGUGAAGCCUGCCUGCUGAAAACUGACUGUGGCCGCUGCGACUUUUGCCGGGACAAGCCCAAGUUUGGCGGGAGGAACCUCAAGCGCCAGAAGUGCCGCUGGAGACAGUGCCUGCAUUUUGCAAUGAAGCGGCUGCUUCCUGAGGAGUGGAGCAGCCCAGAGGCGGAGGGGGCAGCGGCAGCGGGCUGGAAGGUCAGGAGGAGGAGGAACGCCUUCGGCAGCCACAAACCAGCCAGGAUCAAGCAGGUGGGGCGGCAGGGAGCCAAGGGGCGUGGCCAGAAGCGACGGGCAAAAGCCAGCUUCCAGCCAGAGGUGGAGGAAGUUCCCUCGGUCAGCAAACCACUCGAUCUGUCCAAGCCGCAAGAGACGCAGAAGCCACAGAUUUCUGAUCAGCAGCCGCUGAAGCUCAAAGAUGAGAAGGAGUUGGCCCAAGACUGUGUGAAGGACCACUCUGUCUUGCCGCAGCAAGUCAAAGAGAAGCCGCAAGUCCCUUGCCACCCCACCCCACCCACCCGGGUCCUGGCAAAGGAAUCAGAUACAAGGUUACCUGCUGUCAAUCUCCUCCUCGCCACGUCUCCCAAGAUCAAGCAAGAACGAGCAGAACCAGGUGGAGACCAUCGGCCGUUGAGUGACUCCCCAGUGUUGGCAGGGCUGCCCCAGUCGAAGAGGGCCCGGGGGGCACAGGAAAGGGAGGUGGUCAUUCUGGACGAUGAAGAGGAUGGCGAAGUGGAACAGCUGCAGCCUGUACGUCCCCCAGUGAUAAUGGAGGUCUACAGUCUGGGCGGUGUGCAACCCCUGAAUCCAUUGGACAGCGUCCUGCAAGAGUUCCUGGCGGAGCUGAACGAGAUUCCUCUCCCGGCUCACUGGGAGGUGCUGCCCCUGCUGGGCAGCCCUGAUCUGCGCCUGGUGCAGCGCUCAAAACAUUCCACCAUGUCGGCGGCCGUUAUCCACAUUCGGCCAGGCCUUUUCUUCCAUGUGGUAGUGCGGGACCUCCCUGUGCCUCCCGAGCACGAACUCUAUGCCAGCCAUCCCGCCCGCCUUACUACCGUCGACGAAGUGGUGGAACUGAUCUGUGACCUGGAAGCCUAUCGGCUUUGUCCUGGCUGGCCUGCAGGCUGGCACGCUGGCGAACGGUCCCAGGCCUGCGACGUUCUUGUCUACUCGGGCUGUUGCCCACAGUGCCGGCUUAACCCUUGGCCAUCAGGAAGUGGUGCACACUAAGAAACAAGGUGGAGGGGAAGGGAAGGGGAAAUUUGGGGACAGAACUUGGCCCUGCAGGGCAGUAAAUGGGCAGAAGUUUUAUUUUGACACUGGAAAUGGCUCGGAUACCUGAAAGGAUCAUUCCUUGCCGCAAAUAGCUUUAUAUUUUUCCUCUUGUUCAAUAGGUUGGCACAGAAAAAAAUCUGUUUCGUUUUCCUCUUGUCUUCUGUCCCCUCUUCUCCCCCCGCCCAGUAAACUGCUUCCAGGUUUCUUAACAGAGAGCGAAAAGUUUGUUUCAGAGUAUGGACUUCUGUCUUGCUUUGAUGAUGUGCUCAUCUCCUGAAAGAGAAUUUCAUUGUGACCUGUGGCACGUGGCAUUCAUUGGUGUUGGAUCACCACUUUACCGCAUUUCUCAACUUCAGACAUUCAGCAAAGUAGCAUUAAAUGUUGGUCUGAUGGGAAUGUACAGAGACUGUUUAUGCAUCUGGCUUGGACCCUCCUCUUUGUCUCUAUUUGCAUCUUCUCCUGCUUGCCUAACUUCUGUGCUGUUGAAUUUAGCACUGUUCCAGAUGUCUUCUAGAUCUGCAGUAUGACCAUCUCCAGACGCAAGGAUAGGAUUUUAGAAAUGGAUCUCCUCUAAUGGAAUUGCAUCCUGGCAAAGACUUAACCCUUCUGUCCCUCCCUAUAUGCAUCUAAAACUUGAAUUGCUGCCCUGGGCAUAUUUUCCCGUGUUUCAAGAUUCCAGAUUGUGAAUGAUUUAUUUCCACUGGAGGACCGGGGAUGUUCUGUUAUUGGGAUGGAGGGAAAGUGGAACAGACCUGGCUGGAGGGGGGAGGCGGCUGGCGGGCUGCCUCUCCCACGUGCAGACGCUCUGGCACACCCUGUUCAGGGAAGUUUUACAGAAGCCAUAGCCGUGUCCCUCGUUGACUUGCGGUUUUGUUUCACAUCUUCCUUCCGCACCGUUGGCAACAGCAGCGAACACGCCCGAGCCUUUCCGUAACGGCGCUCUCGGUUUUAUUUUUUGUGCUUUGUUUUCCCUUCAGAAGAAAACGAAAUCUCUACCCUUGAAGAGUUACCGAAAUCAGAACUGGUUGCUAUAUUUUUUUUAAUGUAUUAAAAACUUUAAUG